AUGCCAUUGAUUGUUGUUUGCGGUAUUGAUCGAUUCGGAUCAACAUAUCCUUUAGCUUUCGCACUUGUAUAUGCCGAAACAAAGGAUUUUUAUUGUUGGGUAUUGCAGCAGUUACAUAGGGCGCUGAUGAUUGUUACGGGUGAUUCACACGUAGCAACAAUUAUAACUGAUCGAGAAUUGGCCCUCAU